GGAGGACAGCCGCAGGUCCCCGCCUCUACCCGCAGCGCCACCCAGGAAUCUGCUGAGUUCCAACCGGAGGGUUUCUGUCUGUUUGCUUUUUUUUCUCACUUUAGCUACUCCUGGUUUGUUAUCAUUUGUGUUAUUUAUUUUACGGUUAAACUAUAAGCCCAAGUUGCAUCACUGGCGCCCCCAGAAACCUCUGCAGCCUCGCUGGCGACGCGUCCUUGGGCAUCAGUGGCCGUCCCUCCCCACCCCCCCUCGGUGCCAGGAGGCUUCGAGGUCAUUCGGGUCCCACAAGUGACAGGGAAUGAAAGCUACUGGGUGACCUCUAGCCCUUGGCUUCAGACUUGGAGACAUCCCAGAAUAAGGCACAAUGUCCACAGCAGGAGUGGCUGCUCAGGAGAUUCGGGCUCCAUUAAAGACCGGAUUUCUACACAAUGGCCAGGCCCUGGGGAGUAUGAAGACCUGCUGGGGCAGUCGAAGCGAGUUUGAAAAUACCUUCUUAAAUAUCGACCCCAUCACCAUGGCCUACAGUCUGAGCUCGCCAGCCCCGGAGCACCUGCCAUCUGUCAGGCACCCGGCGCAGCCUGCUCCGAUGAACGGCCACCACUUGGCAGCAGUCAGGCCCUCUCACAAGUCCAGCUUGCCCCCUCUCAUCAUUGCCCCGAGUGAUAGCCUAAGGCAGCGCGAAGAGAACCACGUCGUGUGUGGCUUUAAGAAACUCUCGGUGAGCGGGGCCUGCACCUCUACGCCUCCGCUCACCCCGGUCAAAGCUUGCCCUUCCUCGCUCGUGCCCUGCGCGGCGCUCUGUGAACGGGGCUCCAGGCCCCUGCCUCCGCUGCCCAUCUCUGAAGACCUCUCUCUGGAUGAGACGGACUGCGAGGUAGAAUUCCUGACCAGCUCAGACACCGACUUCCUCCUGGAAGACUGCACACUUUCCCAAUUCAGAUACGACCUUCCAGGCCGGCGCAGCUUCCGUGGGUGUGGACAGAUCAACUAUGCAUAUUUUGACACCCCCAGUGUUUCUGCUGCCGAUCUCAGCUGCGAGCCUGACCAAAACGGAGGGGUCCCCAGUCCCCGUCCUCCUCCCCCACAGACCCACCGCAGGUUGAGGCGGUCGCACUCAGGCCCCGCCGGCUCCUUUAGCAAGCCUGCCAUCCGCAUAUCCAGCUACGCACACAGGGCUUCGCCCAACUCUGAUGAAGACAAGCCUGAGGUGCCCCCCAGGGUUCCCAUCCCACCCCGGCCAGUGAAGCCAGAUUACAGAAGGUGGUCGGCAGAGGUGACUUCCAGUACCUACAGUGAUGAGGACAGGCCUCCCAAGGUCCCCCCAAGAGAACCCGUGUCCCAGAGCAACUCCCGCACACCAAGUCCCAAAAGCCUUCCGUCUUACCUCAAUGGGGUCAUGCCCCCGACGCAGAGCUUUGCCCCAGACCCCAAGUACGUCAGCAGCAAGGCCUUGCAGAGACAGAACAGCGAGGGCUCUGCCAACAAAGUUCCCUGCAUCCUGCCCAUCAUUGAGAAUGGCAAGAAGGUGAGCUCCACGCAUUACUACCUGCUACCCGAGAGGCCCCCGUACCUGGACAAGUACGAGAAGUUUUUUAGGGAAGCGGAAGAAACAAACCCGAGCACCCACAUCCAGCCUUUCCCUGCUGACUGUGCUGUGGCUUCGGCCAUGGAAAAGCUGGACUCGAAGAUGAAACCGGAGCUGGGUGGCCACACAAAGCGCAAACACUCAUCCUACGUGGUUUCUCCCUAGACUUGGGGCUCGCGGUGCGGUGGAAGUGACGUGGGAGCAGGUGGUUCUCCGUCCUCCAGCUUUGAGGUUCCCAGAACGAUCUGUCAGGUUGCAGCGUGAGACAGUUGAGCUCUGUGCUGAGGAGGUGGUGAGGUGCUGCCACGCUGAGAGAACUUACUCGAGGUUCUAACUUAAAGAUGUGAUGGGAGGGAAGGACGGGGAAGCUUCGAUGUAUGCUACGCUAUCUGCCUAUGUAUAAACUUGUGGUGUAACCCUAGACCAUAGCUGCAGGUUAACCCUAGUGACUAUCUUAGAGUAAUAUAUAUUCACAGUGAUGGGUGGAAAGCCAGCGCAGUGGCUCCCGACAGACCGGAAAUGAGCAAACGGAGGAAGAAAGCAGUAUGCUUUAGAUCAGAAUCACUCAAAACAUUGUUUUUGUUUAGUAAGUUUGAGGGUUUCCAGCCCGCUAGGUUUUGCUCCUUAUUUCUGAGGUGGUCUUCUCCAUGGAGGGCAUACAUUCUUGACCAGGUCUGUACCUGCCUGGUUUCAGAAUCAUCCCAGGACUUCACACUUCCAGGGUUUUUUUUUGUCUUGAGCGGAGGGAUAGCAGUUUGUCUAGAGCCGUAUCACCACCUGUGCAUGUCUCACUUCUUGAACAAAGAAGAGAUAAGGAAAUCCGCCAAUAAUUUUCCUUAUGGCGCCCGCCAUGGCGCAGGGAAGUGGCCCAUUGCAGCGUGGGCCCCGGGGACAGUGGGACCUGUCCGAGUCAGACACAGGCACUCAGGAGCCGGGGUUCAGGGUGUCCCUUCUACAAAGAUCGGAGCAGGUAGCUGCCGUUGAGAGUUACUGUGUGGGAUGUGUGUUGUGUUUUUUGUUUUUGUUUUUUUAGACUAUAUUAAUAAACAAAUACAGCACAAGCUGGCCUUGUGUUGAUGGUUCCUAUUCAGUAUUUCCUGGGAAUUGUUUGCUUUUUAAGUAAAACACUUCUGAGCAAGAGCGUGGUAUGUCUUAAGGCCAGAGGUCACAUCGGCGCCUUCCUGCUUUGAACACCUUCACGGCUGGCCGCUUUGCUGCCCCAGACCCGGCUCUGUUCCUGUCUUCACAUCCUCUGCCGCGUUUAUCUUGUUGGAUAAGCACGAAGGAGAAGGUGCUCGCUAACAGAGGAACAUGUCUGCGAUGUUCUCUUAACAGUUAAACAAGCUGUUUACAGUUUAAACUGCUGAAUGAUGUCAUUUGAGCUAUUUAAAGCUUAUUAUAUUUUAGUAUGAACUAAAUGAAGGUUAAAACAUGCUUUAGAAAAAUGCACUGAUUUCUGCAUUAUGUGUACAGUAUUGGACAAAGGAUUUUAUUCAUUUUGUUGCAUUAUUUUGAAUAUUGUCUUUUCAUUUUAAUAAAGUUAUAAUACUUAUUUAUGACACCA